AAAUCCACCAACAGUGAUAUCAUUCUUGAAGUUACACAUAGUUUUGAUGAAUCGAUUUAUUCUAUGGAAGAUAAUGAAGGAUUUUAACCUUUUCCUGAAUUGACUGACAUGUUGAAAGAAGAAGAACCGAAAUUGUAUCCUAAUCAAUCCGAAAUAGAAACAGUUAAUUUGGGAACAGAUGAGGAUAAAAAGGAGAUUAAGAUUAAUCUUGUUAACUUGUUAAAAGAGUUUCAAGAUGUGUUUGCUUGGUCUUAUGAAGAUAUGCCUGGGUUAGAUCCAAAGAUAACAGUUCAUGCUAUUUUGCUAAAGCCAAAAUGUCCACCUGUGAAGCAAAAGUUGAGAAAAAUGAAGCCAGAAACUUUGUUGAAAAUCAAAGAAGAAGUGAAGAAGCUACUAGAUGUGGGGUUCAUUGAAGUAGGCAUGUAUCCUCAAUGCGUUGCCAACAUUGUGCUUGUGCCAAAGAAAGAUGGAAAAGUCAGAAUGUGUGUGGAUUGUAGAGAUUUGAACAAAGCAAGCCCAAAGGAUGACUUUCCUUUGCCACAUAUCCAGCUGUUGGUUGACAAUGCUGCCAAAAGUGUUAAAUUCUCAUUUGUUGAUGGUUAUUUUGGUUAUAAUCAAAUCAAGAUGAAGGAGGAAGACAAGAUCAAAGCCACGUUUAUCACUUUUUGGGGCACCUUUUGCUACAAGAAGAAUAAUCUUGGUGUGUGGGAUGAUCAAUGCCCUGAAGCUUUUGACAAAAUUAAGCAGUAUUUGAAGAAUCCACCAAUUAUUGUGCCACCAGUGGAUGGAAGACCAUUGAUUCUCUAUAUGACUGUGCUGGAAGAUUCCAUGGGGGCUGUUCUUGCUCAACAUGAUGAUUUUGAAUUUGAGAUUAUUUACAUGACUCAAAAGGCGAUAAAAGGUCAAGUCAUUGCAGAUCAUCUUACAGAAAAUGCAGUUAAUGAUUAUCAACCAGUUGAUUGGGAAUUUCCUAAUGAGGAUAUCUUGGCAAUUGAAGAAAGCAAUUAUGCCUUAGCAACUUUGGCUUCCAUGGUGCAAAUAUCAGAUGAAGAUCAAAUUCAACCACUCAUGAUCGAUGUGCAUAAGAACCCUGCUUAUUACAUGGAGAUUAGGCAAGAAAUAGAUGGCCAACCUUGAACAUCUAUUCGAACUUCUACUAGAGCAACACCUUAUUCUUUGGUUUAUGGUAUAAAGGCAGUUUUACCAGUUGAAGUUGAGAUACCAUCCUUGAGGGUUUUAGUUGAAGCAGAAUUGGAAGAAUCAGAGUUGAUUCAAAAACAAUUGGAUUAUCUUAAUCUCCUUGAUGAGAAGAGACUAGUGGCACUUUGCCAUGGGCAAUGUUAUCAACAAAGAAUGGUUGCAGCAUAUAAUAGAAAGGUCAAGCCUCGAAGGUUUCAAAAAGGAGAUGUUGUUUUGAAGAAAAUCCUACCAAGUGAGAGGGAUCCAAGGGGAAAAUUUGCUCCAAACUACGACGUCCUUACAUUGUGAAGGCGGCCUUUUUAGGAGGAGCUUUAUUAUUACCUUAUCUUGAUGGUGUGUUUUUUUUUUUGAAAUAUGAAGAAUUUAGAUCUUGAAUCUCAUUUUUUUGUAUACCUUUGUUUCUUUUGUUUCUUGGUUGCUAUAUUAAUUUGGUUCUUUACAUGGUUUAUUCACAAAUAAUCUUGGGAAAAAUAACAUUUAUUGAUUGCCUUGUUGUGCGGCAAUUCUGUGUUAAUAAAGUUGGUCAAGUUAA